AUGGGCGCCCACACCAGCCGGCGACACCCGGCGACUUCUGCGAGUUGGGAAAGUGCGGUGGCCAAAGCCAGGGUUGAGGUGGGGAUCUACAAAGACAACAGGAAUCUGUUUGAGGUGCAGGAGAAUGAGCCUCAGAAGUUGGUGGAGAAGGUGGCGGGGGACAUUGAGAGCCUGCUGGACAGGAAGGUGCAGGCCCUGAAGAGAUUGGCUGAUGCUGCAGAGAACUUCCAGAAAGCCCACCGCUGGCAGGACAACAUCAAGGAGGAAGACAUCGUGUACUAUGACGCCAAGGCCGACGCUGAGCUGGACGACCCUGAGAGUGAGGAUGUGGAAAGGGGGUCCAAGGCCAGCACCCUACGGCUGGACUUCGUUGAGGACUCAAACUUCAAGAACAAGGUCAACUAUUCAUACACAGCUGUGCAGAUCCCCACGGACAUCUACAAAGGCUCCACCGUCAUCCUCAAUGAGCUCAACUGGACCGAGGCCUUGGAGAAUGUGUUCAUCGAGAACCGCAGGCAGGACCCCACGCUCCUGUGGCAAGUCUUCGGCAGUGCCACGGGAGUCACUCGCUACUAUCCAGCCACCCCAUGGCGAGCCCCCAAGAAAAUCGACCUGUACGAUGUCCGAAGGAGACCCUGGUAUAUCCAGGGGGCCUCGUCGCCCAAGGACAUGGUCAUCAUCGUGGAUGUGAGUGGCAGCGUGAGCGGGUUGACCCUGAAGCUGAUGAAGACAUCUGUCUGUGAGAUGCUGGACACACUCUCCGAUGAUGACUAUGUGAACGUGGCCUCGUUCAACGAAAAGGCACAGCCCGUGUCAUGCUUCACACACCUGGUUCAGGCCAACGUGCGUAACAAGAAGGUGUUCAAGGAAGCUGUGCAGGGCAUGGUGGCCAAGGGCACCACAGGCUACAAGGCUGGCUUUGAGUAUGCCUUCGAUCAGCUGCAGAAUUCCAACAUCACUCGUGCCAACUGCAAUAAGAUGAUCAUGAUGUUCACGGACGGCGGUGAGGACCGCGUACAGGACGUCUUUGAGAAGUACAAUUGGCCCAACCGGACGGUGCGCGUGUUCACUUUCUCCGUGGGGCAGCACAACUACGACGUCACACCCCUGCAGUGGAUGGCCUGCACCAACAAAGGUUACUAUUUUGAGAUCCCUUCCAUCGGUGCCAUUCGCAUCAACACGCAGGAAUAUCUAGAUGUAUUGGGCAGGCCCAUGGUGCUGGCGGGCAAGGAGGCCAAGCAGGUUCAAUGGACCAACGUGUACGAGGACGCACUGGGGCUGGGGUUGGUGGUGACAGGGACCCUCCCUGUUUUCAACCUGACGCAGGAUGGCCCUGGGGAAAAGAAGAACCAGCUGAUCCUGGGCGUGAUGGGCAUUGACGUGGCUCUGAAUGACAUCAAGAGGCUGACUCCCAACUACACGCUUGGAGCCAACGGCUACGUGUUUGCCAUUGACCUGAAUGGCUACGUGUUGCUGCACCCCAACCUCAAGCCCCAGACCACCAACUUCCGGGAGCCUGUGACCCUGGACUUCCUGGAUGCAGAGCUGGAGGAUGAGAACAAGGAGGAGAUCCGUCGGAGCAUGAUCGAUGGCAACAAGGGCCACAAACAGAUCAGAACACUGGUCAAGUCCUUGGAUGAGAGGUACAUAGACGAGGUGAUGCGGAACUACACCUGGGUGCCUAUAAGGAGCACCAACUACAGCCUAGGGCUAGUGCUCCCGCCCUACAGCACCUUCUACCUCCAAGCCAACCUCAGUGACCAGAUCCUGCAGGUCAAGUCUUUCUCUCAGAGCCACCUCCCCAUGAAGAAAAUUGUCUCAGGCCCCAGCCAUGCUCCGGAGCCCCAGCUCCAGGAUCCUGCUGUGUGA